AUGGCCUUGUUUGGUAUGUGGCAUUGGGGGGUUGGGACUGGGACUACGUCUAGGUGCUCAUCUCUAUCAAUUGAUCUCCAUCAUCGCAUAGAGUUGCAAGCCUUCAUCCUUGAAGUAAAGAGUGAUCAUGCAAGCAGGCAAAGAGGGAGAGUGAGGGAGAUGGGUUUGAUUUCACAGAGGGAGGAAUGGGCUUUUAGCCAUAUCUUCACUGUAGCUCUAAACGCUGCUAUCGAGCUCGACUUGUUUGACAUCAUUGCCAAGGAAGAAGAAGAAGGAACUCAUGUUGGCUUCAGAAAUAGCUUCCAAGCUUUCAUGUUCAUGUCAACACAAAGACUUGGCUCUCAGGUUGGAUCAUCUCUUGAGGCUUCUCGCAAGCUGAACUUUAAGGAUGCAAUCACUGACGAAGACAAUGACUUGUUCAAGAAAAUUCAUGGAAUGCCAGUUUACCAAUACGCAGAGACAGAUCCAACAUGGAACAAGACUUUCAACAAAGCAAUGGCCAAUAUUAGCAACCUACAAAUGAGAAGGACGUUAGAAAUAUACAAAGGAUUUGAGGGAGUAGUAUCAACACUUGUUGAUGUCGGAGGUGGCACUGGUCAAAACUAG